GAAACCUCAUCAGGCUGCAGUACCUCACAGUUCGAAUGAUCAGAUUGCAGAGACCGGCCCUGUUCCUCUUGAUUCGAAAAGGCCCCCUCCCGCGAUAGCCGUUGCGCCCCCGCUGCCUCUCCCCUCCGCCUGCCGGCUGCCCCGUCUGAUCCAGUAGCCGGAGCCGCGGCCGCCAGAGCCAAAAUGGCCGCCGGAGUCGCUACGUGGCUGCCCUUUGCCCGGGCGGCGGCGGUGGGCUGGCUCCCGCUGGCCAAGAAGACCAUGCCCAAGCCGCCGGUGGACAAGAAGAGCCGCAGCGACGAGAUCCUCUUCGUCAACGUCAGCGGCCUGCGCUUCCAGACCUGGAAGAACACCCUGGACCGCUACCCGGACACCCUGCUGGGCAGCUCGGAGAAGGAGUUCUUCUACAACGAGGACACCCAGGAGUACUUCUUCGACCGGGACCCGGAGAUGUUCCGGCACGUCCUCAACUUCUACCGGACGGGCAAGCUGCACUACCCGCGGCACGAGUGCAUCCAGGCCUUCGACGAGGAGCUGGCCUUCUACGGCAUCGUGCCGGAGAUCAUCGGCGACUGCUGCAUGGAGGAGUACCGCGACCGCAAGAAGGAGAACCAGGAGCGGCUGGCGGAGGACACGGAGGCCGAGAUGGCCACCGACACGCCGCUGCCGCCGGACAGCACCACGCGCGAGCGCCUGUGGCGCGCCUUCGAGAACCCGCACACCAGCACCAUGGCGCUGGUCUUCUACUACGUCACCGGCUUCUUCAUCGCCGUCUCCGUCAUCGCCAACGUGGUGGAGACGGUGCCGUGCCGGCCCAUCAAGGGCACGACGAAGGACCUGCCGUGCGGCGAGAAGUACUCGCUGGCCUUCUUCUGCAUGGACACGGCCUGCGUGCUCAUCUUCACCUUCGAGUACCUGAUGCGGCUGUUCGCCGCGCCCAGCCGCUGCAAGUUCAUGCGCUCGGUGAUGAGCGUGAUCGACGUGGUGGCCAUCAUGCCCUACUACAUCGGCCUGGUCAUGCCGGAGAACGAGGACGUGAGCGGCGCCUUCGUCACCCUGCGCGUCUUCCGCGUCUUCCGCAUCUUCAAGUUCUCCCGCCACUCGCAGGGCCUGCGGAUCCUGGGCUACACGCUGAAGAGCUGCGCCUCGGAGCUGGGCUUCCUGCUCUUCUCCCUCACCAUGGCCAUCAUCAUCUUCGCCACCGUCAUGUUCUACGCCGAGAAGGGCACCAAGGGAACGAACUUCACCAGCAUCCCCGCUUCCUUCUGGUACACCAUCGUCACCAUGACGACGCUGGGAUAUGGCGAUAUGGUGCCCAACACCAUCGCGGGGAAGAUCUUCGGCUCGAUCUGCUCCCUGAGCGGGGUGCUGGUGAUCGCCCUGCCCGUGCCCGUCAUCGUGUCCAACUUCAGCCGCAUCUACCACCAGAACCAGCGGGCCGACAAGAUGAGAGCGCAGCAGAAAGUCAGGCUCGCAAGGAUCCGAUUGGCUAAGAAGGGAACCACCAACGCCUUCCUGCAGUACAAAGAGGACGGGGGACUGCAGGAUAAUGACAGUGCCAGCACUGCUCUUUGUGUGAAGAACAGGUCCUCCUUCGAGCACCAACACCACCACCUCCUACACUGCCUGGAGAAGACGACCAACCACGAGUUCACGGACGAGCUGACCUACAGCGAGAUGUGCAUGACGGAGUCGGUGGGCUACCGCACCAGCCGCAGCACUUCCCUCUCCAGCCAGCAGGGGCUCUCCACCUCCUGCUGCCCCCGGCGGGCCAAGAGGAGAGCCAUCCGCCUGGCCAACUCCACCGUGUCCGUCAGCCGAGGCAGCGUGCAGGAGCUGGACACUUUGCAGAUCCAGAAGUCCUCCGGCAGUGCACAGAGCCGCUCCAGUCUAAACGCCAGGACCGAGGACCUGAAGUUCAACUGUGACGACAGGGACUUCACCGCCGCCAUUAUCAGCAUCCCCACCCCUCCGGCGAACACCCCCGACGAGAGCCUGCCGCCCUCUCCGGCGAUCCCGGGGAUCCUGCGCAACUCCCGCUCUGGCGCCUACACCCACGAGACCGUCAAGAUCUCCUCCUUAUAACCCCCUCCCGAGUCCCUGGAGCGCCCCCUACUGGCACGGAGGAGACGGGACGGGACGCUACGAAGCGCCGCUGAACCUAAAGGAUUAGCUUUUCCGUUGCUCUGGUAACUGCUUCUCCCCCCCCCCCCCCCCCCAAAAAAAAAAAAAAAAAACUAUACUAAACAAACAAACAAACAAAAAAAAACGAAACAAACAAAAAAAAGCAACGUGUACUGAAUUAUAUCGCUACCACUGAGGAUAAGCUAAUCGUGAACUGAAGAGAAAGAAAUGACUCUUACGCAGUUCGCAUUUUCUCAAAGGUAAAAACGUAUCCUGGGAGAAGAAAUCGUUGGGAGUGGAGUUGUCAAUAAGUAAAGACGAAACACUAUUACAGAAGGACAAUGAGGAGGCGUACAGUUUCCUUUGGCUGGGGUAAGAAUGGCACAAAAAAGGAUAUAAAAAGGACGUGAUAUGAAUCCACAGACCACGUUUUGGACCUGGGCUACAGACGUAUGGUUCCAAGAUGGUCAGCAAGACCACGUUAUUUUUUCUUUCAAACAAAAAAAAAAAAAAAUUCUUGAUAUCCAAGACCUAUCACUUUUCAAGAUAUGCAAAUUUAGAACACAAGCAGGAAACAGUAAAAUAUAUAUGUGUGUCUGUGUAUAUGCGCAUAUACAUAUAUACAUACAAAAUUUACAGGGAGUGAAAACACAGACAUGUUAUAAAUAUAAUUACUAUGUUAAUACAUAACACACAGAUUUACCAAGAAAAAUAUGACUGCUGUAUUCUGCAAUAGAUUUAGUCACUCUAAGGAUUUAAUAAAAAAUGAGGGAAAACUAGUCGGAGGUACAUAUGUAACAUAUUAAAAUGAGGGGACACUGGUCUGAGGUACAUAUGUAACAUAUUAAAAUGAGGGGACACUGGUCUGAGGUACAUAUGUAACAUAUUAUAAUGAGGGAACACUGGUUUGAGGUACAUAUGUAACAUAUUAUAAUGAGGGAACACUAGUUGGAGGUACAUAUGUAAUAUAUUUUGUAUCAUACUUCUCUGAAUCACAUGCAUCUUCCGACCUUACCAAAAAAAAAAAAAAAGAAGCUUGUCAGUGUCCUGACUGGCCGACUACGAACAGUGCAUGUUACUGUACAGUAGCAGGGGGGUCAAGAUAAACUGCUGAAUGUCUAUCUUCACCUCCUUUUGCAUGGUACCCUAUUCUUUUUCUUCUUGGUUUUGUUUGUUUUCUUUCCUCCCAAUAUCAGCGAUGACAACGUUUAAAAAAAAAUUAAAUAAAAAAAGAAAAAAGGAAAAAUUUUAAAAAAGAGUGAUUCACCGGACAUGUACGUUAGGAGAAAAAUAUAGGUGAAUGAAUUAAUUUUAAAAAAGAAACUUCCCUUCCGGGCAUGUUCCUCGCAAGAAUGCAAACUGGAUGAGUGAGAGACUGUGUGUGUGUGUGUGUGUGUCUGGUUGGGAGGAAUUGCGUUACUUGAUCACAAAUAUGCAUGGAUACCGUUGUAGGUAUUUUACCUGUUUUUCUCCUUGUUAGAAUAUAAAAUGUGGGAGGGAUCUAGCGGCGAUGGACAUCAUGAGAGACAGAGGGCCCAUGGCCUAGCACACAGUAAACAUGAGAGUGCACUGACGAUGAUUUUGCAAACUUUGAAACACUGUGUUGGGUUUCGCAGUGGAGGCUGUUGAAUGAACCAAUCAUCCGACUCGGAAUCCUUUUGCGUUUGACAGUGUUCUGAUGUCAUGUUUCAAGCUGAGCACUGGCCAGACUGACGUUAGGCUGUAUGACACCUUUUCCAUAAUACUUCAACUUGAGGAUGAUGCAUUAAACAUAAUAACAUAAUGAUGUCGCCUCCCAAUUUGACUAUUUUUUUUCAGCUUUCAUUACAUGAACAUAAUGUGUUGUUCUGCUUGAUUUAUUCAUUUUAUUUCAUUUUUUGUGCAAAUGUUUUUAUAUGCAUUUGCAGCAACCAAGGUUGACUAUGAAAAGUCAAAUCAUUCAUCUACUAAAAACUCAUCCUUAAUUUCAGUUGCUUUACUGAAAUUAUUUACGCUAUUCAUUGUUUAUGCACAUUAUUUUUACUAUCUGUGAGCAGUUAGAGAAAUUUUGCCUUUUCAAAGCCCUUGUUUAUCCACCCAGUAAACGUAAAGGCCGCAGUGUGAUCACUGAACUGAUUUGCAGACAGGUGGCGCCAUUGCUCAACUUCAUUGCUCAAGAGAUCUGAUGAGGAUUGAGAGGUAGGGACAUGACCCAAAAGCACAGCAGCUAUGCACUCAGUUCCAUAAAUAAAGCUAACAGGAUUCAGAGGACAAUGUUGUGGACUUCCUGUUACCAACAGGAUGGCUAGCACAGCUUCGGGUACAGCUGUCAUGUAGACCAGGUUCAUUAGCUUGUUUGCGGGCCCACAGUGAAAGGCAGGUGAUUGUACUCAAGUCGGCCCGCAGUGCCUGGAAGAAGAGAUUAUGUCACAGCGAGCAUCGCACGGACUGAAAUAAUCAGACCGAGCUGACCGGUCUUAGGAGUGCACAACUCUGUUCUAGAGCUUGGCUCACUCUCGCAGAGCACACAGCCAAUCGUCUCAGUGUCCUCGAGACCACACCUCUUUACCCCCCUGCGGGGUCACUCACAGAUGAAGACAGCAUGGCAGCGGUUAGCCCUUUAAGGUGUCAGAUCACAAAACGUGCGGUUAGAAUGUUCUGAACUGGACAGUCCAAUGCUGAUGUCACAAUCGCUGCUGGUGACUGAAUGCAAUGGAGUGCUAGAAUUUUGAAAAAUGUACUCUUCGAAGGGUCAAACCAAUAAUAGUCAUAGAAAUAAGGCAGAAUUGCGUCGAGAAGCAAAACAAUGCAGUCGAUUUGUUGAAAACUAAUGGAUUUAGGGUGUACUUUGGAGUAUAUUUUCAAUUUGGCUCGCCAUAUCUCUAUACCCAAAUUGCAUUUCAUAAGUUGAUGCACCUGUUUUAAUCAUGCUUUGCAUAUUUAUUCAAUGGUGAAUGUUAAAAUUAGAACACUAUCAGAAGAAAGGAGAACGCUAGAACACUAACUUAGACUUUUGGAAAAAAAAAAAAAAAACAUUCCAAAAAAAUAUCUACCCUUGGCAGGAGUUUGAUCUGGAAUGAGUCAGAAGCCUGACCGCCCUUGCUUCCUCUACUUUCUCUCUCCAAAGUUACCUUCCGACUCAUUGAUCCAGGGAAGCUUGUCUCGGGAGGGGGCGCCGCCAGCUCGAAUGCCUUUUUUGUACUUUCUGACAGAGAGGACCUUGGGAACGGCGAACGCCAAUACGUUCACCCUGUCGCUGAGUGAACUGAAAUACGCUCUGCCUCUCCCGUAAAUCCUCACACAAUCGUGCCGUUUCAGAGGGUCCGAAGAUAUGCAGCGUACUAUAUUUACCGUUUCAGAACAGUCAUCCCUUCUCUUACUCCCACCAGGACGAUAAGUGCAUAAUGUAUGAAUUUUGGCCCCUGAAUCACAAGAUUUGAUGCAUAAUAAAGCGUUGGAAUCUGUCAAGCUAUUUCAGGGCAACUACUGAUAAACCGUCCCACGACAAGAUAUAAAUAAGCACAGCUCGUGAAGCACUGAAGGAUAAUAUGCAAACAGUGUUCAUUUCAAUGGCAAAGCAACUGUGCUAUCCACUGCCUGAACUGGCCAAUCAUAGAACAUUUCUAUACCCCCCCAGAGACCCAACAGAUACGUAAGAAGUUUUAGUAUUUAAACUUAUUAUGUAUCAUAAUGCAAGUGCGUUGGGUGAGGAAAAACAUGUUGCAGUAAAAAUAUUUUCCGAAAUGUUCAUUUUUUAUUGAAUGUCCCUGGUAGUGUGGGUUUCACUGUGGUACAAUGUGUUCAUGAGAUUAAGACUCAUGUCCCCUACAGGGGCAACAAUUAAUUGCCCGGUCUGUGGUGGGUAUGCAAAUGCUGAGCUAAGCACACGUGGCAGUAGAACCAUCGAGGCUGCCGUAGAAGCCCCUAACUCAUUGGUUUGUUUAUUUUUUGAUAAUUAGUAACUGGGGGCAACAGAAGUUGGGAUUCAUUCGAUCCAAAAAUGAAACAACUCUCAAGUACUGUAUAAAGACCUGAGCAACAAAUAUAUCCCACUGUGAGUAUCCCACAUUGAUUUCACUUCACCAUUUCUGAGGCUACUAAUGAAAAACUUGGGCUAGUAUAAUCAUUUUGAGUGGCUCUCUGGUGACUCAGUAUCGUGAGACCAUUUUCUUUCCCAGGAGAGCAGACUCACAAUGAGCAACAUUGCCUUCGAAUGAACGCUUUCACUGUUUUCUCCAAAUGUAAUAAUGUCAGGUAUGCCUGGGGCUGUUAUGUUUUUCUAUGUUUGCCAGCUGGCCCAUAUAUAAGGUGCAUCUUAUGACAUCAGCGAGGUUUUUAUUUAUUCUUUGCUUUCCUCUUUACUCUUUUGCAAUUUCAUCAUCCGUCCAUCCAUCCAGUUGUUUUUUUGUCAAUGAGAAUUUCAAUUCGCCAUUUAGUUGUCAUCAUUUACCUGAGUAAAAAACCCCUUUCUUAUAACAGUUAUUUCUCUUUUGGACUACCAAAAUACUACAGACCGCCACAGUGCUACUUACGUUAUGCCAAUGCAGUUUCUGCCUAAGAAUACCAAGAUUAUUCUAUAAUUUCAGAAAAUACCGCUGUAAUUAUAGAGGGUUCAGUAGAGUUAACGAUAAAAGAAAGUAAUUAAA